AUGUCUCGUCUGGAAGCGCUUCCGCAGCACGUCCUUCGCGACAUCCUCCGCUACCUGCUACUUUCCGAUUGCGUUCGCGGCCCACCGAACCGCUAUCUCAUCGAAGACUAUGACUUCCAGGUCGCCGUCCUUCGCACUAGUAAGGCCAUCAAUCAGGAAGCUGCCAAGGUCUUCUAUGGAGACAACAAGUGGAUCAAACUUCACAAUGGCUACGGCACGACGAUCGAAGACGCCCUUCUCAACCAUGAAGUACCCUACUUCAAGUUAGGGACGAAGAAGUUUGACAACCACGUUGCCGAAGUCAAGGUUGAUCCUAACUACCAGCGGAAGGCGACCGGGAAGUAUGGUAAAAAGACGACAGUGGGAGUACUGCUGUUGCAAGACAUGCCAAAGCUUGCUCGCGCUCUGCGUAUCCUGGACUUCGCCAACUUUAUGGGCUAUGACUUCAAGUUCGCACUGCACAAGCCGCCUGGUACUGUCAGCACUCUGGGCAGGGAGGAUCAGGAGAGGUUUGCCCUACCCAUGGGAAAAGUCAGUGGAUUAGCUUUCCGACAGAAGGUCACCUUCACCACUGGGUUCGAUGCUGCCCUUGUCGAGAAAGUCACGCAAACCAUGACACAGGGAGUCGCAUGGCUACGAGCCGUCGCUGUCGAACUCUACGAACUCGCCCUUUCCAUCAAAUGCGUGGGUGACAUGGCGUUCAACACCGGAAACGGCGACAUGGCAUUCGCGAGGUGGCUUGACACCUUCAUGUUCAUCAAGCAUUCAUUGGAGAGGAACGAGAUGAUAGGUGCACGUCUCGAACCAAACUUCCUGUCACCGAUCUAUGCGUUACAGUGCGUCGCCUCGCUUGACAAAUCUAUGCUCAUGUUCUCGAACAUGGCCGCUGGCGAAUUCCGUGGCGAGUUCCGACACGAGUGUAAGGGUGAAACAAAGAAGGUUGGCAAUGCAAAGGAGGCAGAGCUUUGCAAUAAGAUCUCGGGAUACGAGGUAGUCCCUGCUUCUGCUAUCGCUCGCUUCUAUCGCUUCUUGGGUGUCGCCGAGCUUGGCGAAGAUCAUCCUGUCAAAGCAGCGAAAGCUUUCGCCAAGUCCUACAAGAUCAUGUCUCUUACGGGAACCAAGGACGGCUACGACAUCGCGAAGUCAUGGAAAGAACUAACGAAGGCUGAGCAAAAGUUAAGCGUGGUCUCUCUUCAUACCGCUCUCCCCAAGAGGCCGCAUACAAUGCCGGAGUUACAAGUCUGGAAGGGACCUCAAGUCGCGUCAGAGCACUGGGUCAUGCGCGAGCUGGGCUUUGAAGGUGAGAUUCCUUACGCUGACAAGAUUAUCGGUGUAUUCGGACUGUACCCAGCCAAGAACCCGCACCCCAAUCGUUCGCUUCCAGGACCACGAACACUGCGACUUGGAGCCGUGAAGCCAGAAGUACUGAGGAAGGCGGUCGAAGAUGCUCGCGAGCGAGUGAACAUUCCCGGUAUACCAGGCAUUGAGCUGGUCAUGAAGUGGAUUGCACUUGGAACGAAUCAGAUCGGCGAGGAGAGUAUCCAGGAUGAUCCGCAGACUGCAAGGAUGCGGGAGGAGAUGUCUCUUCUUGGUAAUGGAGGCUGUUCAACCCAGUGA